AUGUUGGAAUUCUAUAAGCUGCACAGGAUUCGGAUACUAAAGGCUUCAUAUCUGUUGCUGUUGUUGUUUACGGUGCAGAGUUUGGCUAGGGGGAAAGAUUCAUCUAGACAGAGGCCGAAUGAGGAGCAGUCAGAAAAAAAGACGAGGCCGAGAGCCAGUAGUACGAUCAGUUUUAAAUUUAUUCGGUCGUUGUAUAAUCCGGUGAAUGAGGAGGCUAGUGAAGAUGGGGAGGUGGAGGGGGAUGGGUACAAUUCCGAGGGUAGCGAGGGUAAGGCGGGGGGUGCGGCAGGGACCGGGGGCUCGAGCGCCAAAAGGAGACGGAAUUUUCUUUUGAAUCUGAUACUCAGGGAUCCGCGAUGCUUGAUGAUUUUUUUGUUGCAGGGGAUUUUGUUAGUUAUUCGGACAAUGUUGACGUUGCGGGUUGCUACGUUGGAUGGGAUCUUGGUGUCGAAGUUGGUGAAGGGGAAAUAUGCGGAGUUCAUCAAGGUGUUGCUUGGUCAAUGGAUGACUCUUGGGGUUCCUGCAAGUAUUGUGAACUCGCUAUUGACGUAUACUACCAGGCUUUGUGCUGUGACGAUCAAUAGGAAGAUUAGUUAUCAUCUUUUGGAUAAGUAUCUUUCUUCGCAUCAUAGUUUUUACUCAGUGAAUAACUUGCCAAACGUUAAGCAGGAGGCGCUCAGCGCGUCUGUGGGGUCGGCUGUUGCUACUAAUCGCGGGGAUGGGUUGGUCAAGAAGGACCAUGGGACGUCGUCUUCCCAGAUUUCGGAUAUUCCAGUGCAGUACUUGACCCGUGAUGUGGGUGCGUUUUCGCACAAUGCUUCCGUACUUUUGAAUCAGCUGUUGAAACCGACGUUGGACUUAAUUAUGUGUUCAUUUAAAUUGGCGCAGAACUCCAAGAGCGGUAUGAUGGCUGAAGGUACCUUGAUUUUGGGGUUGAUUGUGCAUUUUAGCAACUUAUUUUUGAAGUUGAUUCAGCCGAACUUUGUCGAUUUGACUGUGGCAAGAACCUAUUUUGAAGGUUACUUCAGGUCACUGCAUUCGAAGUUGCAUUCUAGUAAUGAAGAAAUUGCGCUGUUUAAGGGCCAGAAUACGGAGCUUUGGAAUUUGGACUUUUCUUACUAUCAUCUAGCUGUGUUUUUGGCUGGUGAGAUUAAAUCAAGGGCUUUGUACGAUUUCUCAACCAGUUUUGUAGUCAAAUAUGUGUGGGGUGCUGCUGGUUUGGUGCUUUGUUCUAUCCCAGUUUUCUUCCGUGCUGAUCCUACUGAAGAUGUCACUGCAGACUUUAUCACAAACCGUAGAUUAUUGCUAACUGCGUCUUCAUCUAUCGGUAGAUAUGUAGAAUUGAGGCGGAGUAUCCAGCAAUUAAAGGGUGAGUCGUUAAGAUUGAAUACAUUCAAUGACAGAUUGGAUGCAGGCAAGAAAUUGUCCGAAAGUGGUAAAGAUUUCUUGAUUGAAUAUGAUGACUCCAAGAUCCAGUUUAUGAACAUUCCUCUAGUUACUCCAGCUCAGCAAGUGUUGAUUCCAGAAUUGAACUUUGAAUUGAAGCAUGGUAACCACUUGUUAAUUAUCGGUCCUAAUGGGUGUGGUAAGUCGUCCUUAUUUAGAGUUUUAGGUGGUUUGUGGCCUGUAUUGAAGUCGUUUGCUAAUCCGAAUAAACCUACUAAACUCAUCAUGCCUCCUAGAAGAACUGAGAGCGGCGAGAGUGCCAUUUACUACUUACCACAAAGAGCCUAUAUGGGUAAUAUGUCGACAUUGAGAGAACAAGUUAUCUAUCCAGACAAGUUGGAACUAUUUAAGGAGAAAUAUGAGGGAGACUUUGAGCGCGGAGACAAGGAAUUGGCUGAAAUUUUAUCUGUUCUAGAGUUGGAUGACUUAAUAACUGAACAUAUGUCUAUUAUUAUGGCCAAAAAAAGCAGCGAGGGGGGUGCUAAUGAAACUACAGAAGUAUCACUCACAGAGGCAUUUGACAUCGUCAGAAACUGGUCAGAAGAAUUGUCUGUAGGUAUACAGCAGCGCUUAGCCAUGGCUAGAAUGUAUUAUCAUAAACCAAAGUUUGCUGUUUUGGAUGAAUGUACUUCCGCAGUAUCACCAGAAAUGGAACAGAAGAUGUAUACCCAUGCGCAAAAAUUAAACAUUUCUCUAAUUUCCGUGUGUCAUCGGACCACUCUAUGGCAUUUCCACAACUUGUUACUAAAGUUUGAUGGUAAUGGUGGUUAUAGUUUUGCUCCAUUUAAUCCAGAACAGAGGUUGAAGGAUGAACAAAGGCUAACUGAGUUAAACAAACUGUUAGAACAAGAUGUGCCCAUUUGGAAAAAGAAAUUGGAUGAAUUGGCAAUCGCUAGAAAGUCUAAUGUGCUUCGCAAAUCGCAAACAAAUUUGAAGUCUUUGCACCAAGCACAGUUAAAGCCAUUAGUACCCGGUAUUUCCCCAAUGACUAGUACAUAA